AUGACUGCGCACGAUGAGGACAUCUGGGAAAACCUCUACCGCGCUUAUACUGCCGACUUGGGACUGAAGACCCACUUUUACUACCCGACUGGGCUUAGCGAUCUAUCAAAAACUCCUUCGCCCGGCUCUGAGGCGACGGCCUCUGACUCUAGUAUCCUAGCUGGGUUGCGCUCUGAAGCUUCGUAUACACUCUCUCCAACGAUGACGUUGCUCAACGGGGCUCCGCCUUCUCCUACAUGUCUGGCCUCCCCAUCGACGCGCGGAUCGACGGCCGCUCUUCCCUCUCUUUCUCCGAUUUUUGCCGCUGAAGCUAAUCCUUUUGAAAAGCCAUUCGAAGGGUCGCUUCCGGCUCGCGAUUGGUCGCGCUCCGUUUCUUUGGUCUCUCCAGUAAUUCGAGCCGCCCCUCUGCCUCCCUCUCCCUCCGUACCGGCCCUGUCUGACAUCUUGACACCUUCGCGAAAAGUGAAUGGACAAAAUGGUCAAGCGUUCGAACCUUCCUCGAGCACUGCGGCUAUCAAUGACUCCCCGGAAAUACCCCUUCGUGACCUCUUUAGCCUAUCCAAGAGAAUACCUAAUUCUGUCGUCAGCCCUCUUCUCCAGUACUCCACGCCGACGGCUAUGCAGUUCGACACGUCUACUUCUCCCCUUACCCCCAUGAGCGAAGUGUCGGGUUCAUCUGGAUCCUCCAAUGGAAACAAGCGAAAAGCUACCUGGCCCGUCUCUCCCACUCCUCCACCUCGCAAAAGAUUGACGCGAAGCAACAACAAGGAAAAUAUUCCUCCGUAUGCCACUCCUCCUGCUACAGUGCUCUCGGCCUCCCCGCCCAGCGAACCUCAGACUCCUCCUGUCCACUCGGCUAUUCAAAACGAUCAAGAUGGUCAUCCACAAAGAACCUUCCCCGAGAACAUCGAGAUAUCGAGCAAGUUUCCUCUAUUCUAUCGCCGCUUCCCUGCAAGUUCAUACUUUCAUACUGAUCCUCUCGAGUUCGUCUUCCCCUUUUCCAUCAAAAUCGCCGCUGAUUGGAACAUCCCUCAUAGUAACCAUACUGCUGUCUUCAAAAAAUCCCACCCCGGAGGGAUCUAUAAUCCGCCUCGCGAUGCUUUCGAUUUGUAUACCCCGCGAUUUGUCAAAGGAAAAGGUCGAGAAAAGGUAGGCAUGUGCCCCGUAUGUGUCGAAGAUCCUGCUCGUGGUGGAGAAGGGAAGCGGGUCUGGUUGUCAAUGAAGUUCUCCGCGCUCAAGUAUUACCAUAUGCAAUAUGCGCACGGUAUCUCAGCGAUGUCGGGCAGCCCAUUUUCUCCCCCCGUCGCCUUGCGAACUAUUGCGCGACAAUCUCCUGGUAAGAAGGAGAAGUCCACUCUUCAGCAAGGAAAAUGCCACAAGUGCCGCAAGUGGGUCCCUAUUGAAGGUGUACGGGAAACGGAUUUAAAGGUCAAAGAGAUUAUGUGGUACGUAUAG